AUGGUACUUCAAGUUUUUGGAUACUCCAUUGUAUUUUUCUACGUUCUUCGAUAUACCUUCAUAUACUGGGCUCUAUUUGCCAUAGGAGGAUUCCUAUCUCUAGCCAUUGUAGGCUAUUUUGUGAUAUUUGUCAAAGUGAGGAAGCCAAUUGUGAACAACCCAAAAGUAAAACGGUUCAAGUUCGUAGAACCAUCCAUCUGGAACUCGCAUUCUGAUUCUUCAAUUGAGAAAUUGAACAAACCUAUAAUUGCCGAUUCGUUCUUGGUUUCAGAGACAUUGGAGGAGUUUAUAGAUUUGAUUAUCAAGGAAUUUGUGGAUAGCUGGUUCAAACAGGUCUCGAAGGACAGUUCGUUUCAAGACAGUAUUAAAGUUGAAUUGAAAUCCAUAUUUACUAAGCUUAUACUGAGACUAGCUGAUAUAGACUAUGCUAGGUUGCUAGUAUCUCAGGUUUUACCCAUUGUUAAUGAGCAUUUCAUUUACUUCACUAAAGCGGAAGAGACUGUCAGAGUAAAAGGAACAGUUCCCAAGAGCGAAACCCCUGAGUACCACCUAGCUAUAGCUAAUCAGUUUGACCGGGGUAGAUUGCAUCCUGGAGUUACUGUGUCUAAUCUUGAAAACAACGAUACCAACGAAAAGAAUUACUUGAGAAGCAAAAUCGCUUCUAUACUACCAUAUCUUCUAUCCGAACAAGAAAGAUCAAAUGAAAUCGUGACUUCACUAGUAACAGAAAUCGUUGCUUGCACAAUAUUGACUAGCAUUCUACAAAUGGUGGGAGAAGGCGAUUUUUACAACUUGUUAAUCGUCAAGCUUGUUGGUGAUAAUUUGAAGCAUCGAGAUCAAGUGAAGCGGUUAAGAGAGGCUUUAAAAGAACACACGGAAAUGCUUGCUAAGAAACAGCUGCGAAGAGAAGACGAAGGAACUUCUUCCACUUUUAUGAUCACAGAAAAUACGGAUAUUCCAUCGUUCAAAGAGAUGAUGUCUAAUGUCAAUGAAAUAGAUACGAAUCUCAUAGGAAAUUUGCUGUUAUCUGAUAUUCUUCCCAAUCCUCGAUUUUUUAAGGUCUUUUCUGAAUUCAUGAAGGAUCAGAAUAGGUUGGAAGUAUUGCAAUUCUGGAAGGAAAUAGAUUCUUUAAGAGCUCCAUUAGAGGAAUCUGCUUUGAAUGAGGAUGGCGAAGUGGACAUGUCCGUUUCCUUAGAAUUUACAUCAACUGAUGAUAUACGGCGAAUUCUAGACCAUUAUUCGCAGGUAUAUGUAAACUCGGUAAGCAAGGACUUGCUUCAGGAUGUUGAAAAUCUCAGCAAUGAAAGCUCCAGUGAAAGCAAAUUAAUAAGAUAUCAAAAAGCUAGAAAGACGAUGUUUAAGGUUCAGCAAGCUAUAUUUAAUGAAAUGGUUGAAACUGAUCUUCCUGCCUUCAAGAAAUCAGAUCUUGGCAAUAUCCAGGCGAUUUCCAAAAAUGAGAGAGUUAAUCCUGAGGUAAUUCAAGCUGUGGAGGAUGCCUUUACGAAAAUUAUGAAAGACCCUUCAGAGAACGAAAAUAGAUUUUCCUAUGACCAAAAGAUCAACUUUUCGGAAAAACAAGCAAUCACAGCAGAAGUGAAGAAAGAAUUAUUUUUGUUUGGUUACGAUUCCACUGAAGGUCUCAAUCUUGGGCUGAACAAUAGGAGUUCGAAGCUUUUUGACGAUCUCAGCGAUGAAUCUGGAACAGACACUGACUCAAUGACAUAUGAUUCCGAUUCCCAAGUUUUGCCAAUCGAUUCAGAAGAAAGUGGCAAUCCUGGUCUGGAAGUAUUUUGGGCUGCCCCAGGGAACUUGAAUCUCGCGGAGGAAAUCCCCAAACUCACUGACCAAAUCGAGAAGCUCAAUGAGCAGGUUAAGGUUUUAAUUCCACUUAUCAGGAAAGCAGAACUUACUAAUAACAUUUCUGAAUUAAAAAUUUUGACUAAGUCUAAAGUCAGCGUGGAGAGAGAAAUAAAUUCAAAGGAAUUACAGAAACAGCAGUAUAUCGUUCAAGAAAACGAUAAUAGUUUAUAUGGCAAAUCAAGAGUGAGCAUUCAAUCCUAUAUCAGCGGGUCUGAGAAUGGGAAAGAAUUCAUACUAUACAUUGUUGAAGUGCAAAAAUUUAGCAGCAACGAUCCUCUGAUUGUCAGAGCUGGUUGGGUUGUUGCUAGAAGAUUUAGUCAAUUCUUUAAGUUGCAUGAAUAUUUGAAAUUGAGGUACCCUCAGGUGUCCAAUAUCCGAUUCCCCAAGAGGACGAUGUCUGUGCUUAAGUUUCAACAAAGGCAGCUUGUGGAAUUGAGAAAGAUUGCACUUGAAGAGUAUUUACAGCUCUUGAUCCAAAUUCCUGAAGUGUGUCUGAAUAAGGCGUUCAGAUCGUUUCUAUCAUCAGAGAACUUUACACUUCGGAAGAAUCAAACGUUUGAAGAUGGGAUCACUGGAGAUGGAAGUCGCUCCAAGAAUAAUGUUGAAUUGGUAGCCAACAAGUUGUAUAAUGGAAUUUCAACUAGGUUGGUUCCCAAUUUCAAUACUGUUCCUACGAAGGCAGCUACUGAUGUAGCGACUAAUGAAGAAAUGAUGGAUAAUAUCAAGGAUAUGCAACAGGAAUUGAAGUGGUUUGACGAAUACGGCAGUUCGAGUAGCAAAGAGGUGUUUGUCAAACCGAUCUGUGAUUUGCUCAUAUCGGUAUUUCGGCUCAACAAUUCAAAGAGUUGGUUAAGAGGGCGAGCAUUAGUGUUGAUUCUACAACAGUUGUUUGGUACUACAAUCGAAAAGAAAACCUACGAACAGGUUGAUCUACAGCUAAAAACAGAGGAGAAGAUGCUCGACUUGUUGAUCAACUUACAGAAUAUAGUGUUCCCCAAUGGCAAGUUCAAGGAUCCACCAGUGUUACGUACUCUAUAUCAGAGAUCAACAACCAGACAGGAAGCUCGUGUGCUACUUGGAGUAUUUAUGAAUGAGACAUGUUCGAGAAUAUUCGGUACGUCUAAUACCAACUUCGCCUCAACCAAAAUAUUUUCCAUGAUCCAGAACGACUUUCUCAACAAGCACUUGAUUCUUCAGAUCAUCGACGAAUUGGUGGCAAAAGCAUUUCCUGAGCUCACGUAA